AGGACAUAACUAUUACACCUACUGAUGCCCGCUGGGUAGGCGCAUGGUGGCUGGGCAUUUUGGUUUGUGCAACACUGAAUCUUCUUGCUGGAAUACCUUUUUGGUUUUUUCCCAAGUCACUUGUGAAAGAAGGAGAAACCAAUGAAACUGAGGAGAUGAAUAAAAGAAGUGUAGUGUCAUUGCAAGAAAAGGAUAGAAAUGAAGCCAAACAGACCAUGUAUGAAAUUGCUAAAGAUUUCAUCCCGUUCCUCAAGGCUCUGUUUCACAACUCAGUUUAUAUGUUAUUUAUAUGCAUAACUGUGUUACAGUUCAGUGCCUUCAAUGGCAUGGUAUCCUUCAUGCCCAAAUAUCUGGAACAGCAGUUUGGAAAAUCUGCAUCAGAUGCCAUCUUUUUAAUUGGUGUUUACAACUUACCAAUUAUAUGCGUUGGGUAUUUUUUUGGAGGCCUAUUGAUGAAGAAAUUCAAGAUAAAUAUCUAUCAGGCUGCGAACAUAGCAUUUUGGAUAUCUUUACUGGACUACCUUCUCUACUUUUCUGCCUUUUGGACUGUCUGUGAUACUUCACCAGUAGCUGGCCUAACAGUUUCAUAUGAAGGAGUAAAGCAAGUUUCAUACACAGAAAAUACUCUGCUUGCUGUCUGCAACAGUGAUUGUGAUUGCCCACUUAAAAUAUGGGACCCUGUUUGUGGGGACAAUGGAAUCACUUAUGUGUCACCUUGUCUUGCUGGGUGUAAAGCCUCAAGAGGAACUGGAAAAAGUAUGGUAUUUGAAAACUGCACCUGUGUUGCAGCCUCAGGGUUUUCAUCUCAAAAUGUCUCUGCAAUUCUGGGCCAGUGUGGUGGAGAAGAAAACUGUGACAAGAUGCUUCGUUAUUUUUUAAUACUGACAUUAGUUUGCAGCUUCAUUUUUUCAUUAGCAGCCAUGCCUGGGUACAUGGUCUUAAUAAGGUCUCUAAAGCCUGAAGAAAAGUCAUUUGGAGUGGGUAUCCAUGGACUAGCUUCAAGAGUACUUGCUGGAAUUCCAUCUCCCAUUUAUUUUGGAGCUUUGAUAGAUAACACUUGCUUGAAGUGGGGUACUAUGACUUGUGGUGGAGAAGGAGCAUGUAGGAUGUAUGACAUUGUCACAUACAGGUGGCUUUAUUUUGGCCUGCCAGCAGCAUUACGUGGACUGUCCUAUAUCCCAAGUGCACUAAUUCUCCUCAUUUUAAAGAAGAAACUUAAAGCGGAAAGUCAAGUCUUAUUAAAUGCACCAGUAGAAAUGCAGGAUAAAGAACAAGAAGCAUUGAAUUAG